AUGUCUCACGGUGGAAGAAACGAGUGUAGAAUUUACGUAGGAAAUUUGCCACCAGACAUCAGAACAAAAGAUAUCCAAGAUUUAUUUUACAAAUUUGGCAAAGUUACGUUUGUUGAUUUGAAAAACCGUCGAGGACCUCCAUUUGCCUUCGUCGAAUUUGAUGAUCCAAGGGAUGCUGAGGAUGCCGUUCAUGCCAGAGACGGUUAUGAUUAUGAUGGGUACAGGUUGAGGGUGGAAUUCCCUCGAGGGGGUGGCCCGAGUAAUAAUUUCCGUGGAGGACGUGGAGGUGGAGAUAAUAGCCGAGGAGGUCGUGGAGACAUGGGAAAUUCUCGUGGGCGAGGUCCACCUGCACGUAGGUCACAGUAUAGAGUACUAGUUACUGGACUACCUCCUUCUGGUAGCUGGCAAGAUUUGAAAGACCACAUGCGAGAAGCUGGAGAUGUUUGUUUUGCUGACGUUUACAAAGAUGGUACUGGUGUUGUAGAAUUUCUCCGAUAUGAAGAUAUGAAGUAUGCUGUUAAAAAAUUAGAUGACUCGAGAUUCAGAUCCCAUGAGGGUGAAGUUGCUUACAUCAGAGUAAAGGAAGAUCAUGCUACUGGUGAACGUGGUCGCAGUGAAGAUCGUGAAAGAGGUCGAAGUCGUUCACGAAGCUAUAGCCCACGUCGUCGAGGGUCACCAACUUACUCUCCAUUACGACGCAAUUAUUCGCGAUCAAGAUCACGCUCCAGGUCUCGUUCGUACGACUAG